UGACGGGAUUCUCGCGACUGGACGAAGGAAACCGGAGAACUGAGCCCAGCUAUAGGGCUAUCUCUGUUCAGAUGGGUUCUCCUCUCAUUUUAACAUUAUUUAACUCCGUUUAUUUGUCGGAUUUUAACCUGAAGCGUCCUGUGUUUCUGAGAAAAGUUCCCAGCAUUGCAAGGCGUUGUAUUUUUGUUCCUUGUUGAAACUGCUGCUCAUGUGUUUCAGUUUAUAUUUAGAAUGAAGAAGUCUGAUCUGCAGAUCUGAGCCAUGAACUCGGUGUCCCCCAGUGCUGCGCAGUAUGUCGGGGGUGUGAGGCAAGAAGACCUUGUAGAAAUGCGCAGGCAACAAAGCAGCUAUGGCCCCAGGCCACCUCAGACUCCUGAUCCCACCAGAGACGCAGGAGAAGAGCCAGAUGAAGUGGACAAACUGAAAGCAAAAUUUAUUUCAGCCUGGAACAAUGUAAAAUAUGGCUGGACAAUAAAGACUAAAACAUCUUUCAACAAAAUCUCACCAGUCCACAUCCUGGGACAGUCAUUUCUACUCAACAGUGAAGACGAGGUGGAGCGAUUCCGUCUGGCCUUUGUAUCUCGUAUUUGGAUGACCUACAGGAAGGAGUUUCCCCAAAUAGAAGGCACCUCUUUGACCACAGACUGUGGCUGGGGCUGCAUGCUGCGUAGUGGCCAAAUGAUGCUGGCUCAGGGGCUUUUGAUCCAUUUGAUGCCAAGAGAUUGGACUUGGCCAGACGCUCAUCAGCUAACCGAUGUGGAUUUUGAGGUUUUUCGACCCCGAUCUCCAGUUCGAGCUGUUGGUAUCCCCAUUCCCUCAUUUGGCACCCCUCGAAUGCAUAACACUCCUGAGAAAACUUCUGCAAGUGACAAUAUGCCCAGAAUGAGCCAGAAGGAAAGACCCGAGUUUACAAGAGAUAAGCAGGUGGAGCCCAUCCAUCACAAACUACUCACAUGGUUUGAGGACCAGCCGCACGCACCCUUUGGAAUUCAUGAAUUGGUGGAAAUUGGCAAAAGUUCAGGCAAAAAAGCGGGUGACUGGUAUGGCCCCUCUAUAGUGGCUCACAUACUUCGGUAAGAAUGAACAAAGUGAUCUUCAGAAAAUUC